AUGAUAAUGAUGAUGAAAAUUAUUAUAACAAGUAUUAUAAUAUACUUAAUAAAUAUAUGUAAUAAUAAUACUUACUAUGAUGACAAUUUUAAGGAUAAACCUACUAUUGAACAGGAAAAUUCCCAGGAAUCAGAUAUUUUAAAAAAAAAACUAAAUGAUAUAUUAACCAAUUACAAUUCCAUAAAAAAAAUGUUGAUAAAAAAGAUAAAAGUAAAAAGGAUAUUAAACAAAAUUAUUGGUAUUAUGAUAAUUUAUUACAAAUAUAUGAACACAAGUAUCUUAAAAAUAUUUCCAAGGAGUAAUAAAGAAAAUGAGAAGGAAAUAUAUUCUGAUGGUAAAGAUCAAAUAUUUUUAUCAAAUAAUACAUUUGAAAGUAUUAUCAAUCCGACAAAAGAUGAUGAUAAUAAGGAUAAUAUUAAUUAUGAGAAUUAUAUUAAUGAACUCUAUAAUAUAUUAUAUAAUAAUAUAAAUGAACAUAAUAAUAUCACACCAAAUAUUCAUAUAGAAAAUAAUACAUUUAUCGAAAAAAAUGAAAACAACAAUAAUAUUUCAUCAUCUAAAAAUGAAAAGAAUACAUAUAAAUCUUGUCACAGUCAUACAGAUAAAAACAAAAAUAUAAUUCAGAAUAAUAAUAUUGAAAAAGAUUGUAACUCAAAAUUAUUAGAAGAGGAGCCCUUGAAUAAGUUAUCAUUCAAUGAAACUAAUAUUAUAGAUGAGGAAACAAAUCUUACUGAUGAAAUAAACCAUCAUGUUAAAGAAACAAACCAUGUAUUUUCUCAAGAACAUUAUAACGAUGUAUACAACAGUGAUAAUUAUAUAUAUGAACAAAUAAAAUAUCUGCAUGAUAAUAAUUCAUCAACAAUUCACACAGAAAAAGAAACAGAUAAAUGGAAAUAUACAAACGUAUUUGAAAAAAAAUGUGAAAAUAAACUUGUCAAAAUAAAUGAGACUCCUAUGAACCCUUUAAAUAAAGAGACA